UCUUCAGCAGUCGUCUUUAUACAUUAACCUAAAAUGUUUGCAUCAUUUUAUGCAAAACUCGGUUUCAUCAUAUUAGUGUCGUUACUUCAAGAAUUUAACUGUGAAUGCAGACAAUCUUAUGUAACAAUAUGUGACAGUUUGGAAGACAUAGAAAAGCUCAUUGAUAAAGAAAAUUUUAUGGACCUCGUAGUGGGAAACGAAACUCGUCGUGCCAAUCCUUUGAAAACCUACAACUUGCAUAGCAUCAUACCUUUCAACAAGCUCAUUUCGCUGACAAUAAUCGGCCAACUCGAACGGAUUUCCCCUCUCUUCGGUAGAUGCCAAUUCGACUACCAAUUACAAGUAUUAAAUUUUUACAACAAUGACAUUAAGAAACUCGAAAAAGGGUCAUUUCCGGGCUUAAAUCUCAAAAAAGUUAGUCUUGUUAAUAAUGACAUUGAAAUUCUGGAGCCUGGAAUGCUGUCUACUACGUCUAAAAUUGAAAUAAUGGACCUAUCUGAUAAUAAAAUUGAGGUAAUCGAAGAUUCCGUUUUUCGAUAUAGGCAUAGAGGACCUGUAGUAACAAAGACGAUCAUAUUGCGUAAUAAUAGAAUUUCGUACAUCCAAGCAAAAAGCCUUCCAGAAACUCUUAAAAUACUUUAUUUGGAUGGCAACAAAUUGAGGGAAAUCCAGGACGAUGUUAUGCAACCUUUGAGCGAACUCCGGGAACUUAGUUUAAGUCGAAAUCAGCUCUACAAAGUCCCCAAUUUAUCGAAUGCUACCAAACUGGAAUUUUUGAACCUUUCGUAUAAUAAUAUCGAAACAGUUGACAAUUCAACUUUUCAAAAUCUUUCAACAAUUGGGCUUAUUGAUCUCAGUAAUAACAAAAUAAGGGAACUAUCAUUCUUGCCCUUCUCUUACUUGAUCAAGAGGUAUCGUCCAUUUGUGUUAUCACUUGGUUUUAAUCAGUUGGUGAGCUUUGACUUUGAUAACAUUACGAAGACUUAUGAAAAUUACAAGGUUGAGUUAUUUCUGUACGGAAAUCCCUUUGAAUGCAGAGAAUUUGAUAAAAUUCAACUCGCGAUGAAGAAUUUAAAAAUUAAACAAAAUCAGUGUGAUGUUAAAUUUCACAGCGAAGGAAAAACUCCGUACUGUUUGAAUUAUCAUUCAAUAUUUUCAUUGUAUGUUCCCGAUGUUCAGAAGGAAUUCCUCAAGUUAAUUCAAAAUAACAGGAAGUUGAUUUCUUGUCAUUUAUAUCCAGUGAAUUAUUUUAGCAAUUUGGGCGUUGCUUGUGUUGCCUAAAUUUCUGAUAAUAAAAAUUAAC